AUGGCAUACCAUUACUCCGACUUAGGUAUGCCAGCAGAAAUGAAUGAACAAUAUAUUGCGGACUAUAAACCUUACAUGGUUCAAAACCCAGACGCUGAAUAUGAAGUCAGGUCCACAGUACUUGAUGAUAGAGGAGAAGGAAGCAUAUCAGCUGUGACAUUUGAUAAAUUUGAAGAGUUAAUUUGGGUGGGAAACACAAGAGGACAUAUUACUUCAUACCAUGGCCCACAAAUGAGUAGAUACACAGCUUUUAGGGUUCAUAUGACAGAAGAAAUACGUGAUAUCAUCACCCUUGAUCAAGGACUAUUUAUUUUGUCAAAAACACAAUUAAGGCAUCAAAUUCGAAGAGGUCUUGUGAAGCAUACACACACAUCAGAAAAUUUAAAAGAGAUGCAAUGCCUUUUUCAAUCAAGUCCAACAAAUAUUUUGAUGGGCGGCCACCAGGACACAAUUAUUGAUUUUGAUGUCACAAAUAUGAAAGAAUCUAUCAUUCCAAUAACUGAAGAUGGCUGUGCGGUGUUACGAAGUGGGGGUGGUUCGCUAGUUGCGUGUGGGAGUGCGAAUGGGACUGUCUCGAUGCGUGAUAUUAGAAGUCCGGUGGUGUCCGAACACACGUUCAAAGCGCACAGUGCCUGCCUGUCUGACUUGGAUAUGCAGGGUAACUUGCUUAUCACAUCUGGAUUUGCACAAACAAGCACAAUGGCCGUAGCCGAACAGUACGUUUUAGUGUGGGACGUACGUCAGUUAAAAGCAGGUGGGGCGUGGUCACUUCCGGUGGCAUCUCCGCCUUUAUUACUCCACUUCCUGCCAUCGGUUUCCGGUCGAGCGCUCGCAAUGGCCAGUGCUGGACACGUGGCAUUGCUCAAUGUUAACAAUAAAAGUGAAUCUGGAAAGCAAUCUGUUUUUCAAGUUGAUACCCAAGGCUCUCUAUGCACUGUCAUGGACGUCUCAAGCACCAGCCAAGCAUUCGUCUUCGGAGAUCAAUCGGGACACGUGCAUCUGUUCUCUUCUAAGCAUAAUAAUGAACCUGUGUUCAAUAACUUCUCAAGAGAAACAACAUUUGCAACCCCAGUUCGUUUGCCGUACGUGGGUUUCAGUGAGACGUUCAGUUUCUCAUCAAUACCUCUGCCGCCUCUCGCAAGUGGCUCCAAGUGGUUCCACGACCUGCCCGAAGAGUUCCUCAAAAAGGUUUCCAGGAAACCUCGACCAAUUGAUCCAGAAAUUCUUAAGACCAUGAAAAUGAAAGGACCCAUCGGGUAUGCUCCCAAUCCUGGUACGAGGAGACGUAAUGAGUAUCCAUACAUAGAUGACAAUCUGGAAGAUAUCAAACAACCAAAACCAAUAGACGAUUCGACGCUCUCUAUAAGACCAAUUCCAAGUUCAUAUCAGAAGGUCGAAGUAAGGUAUAAUAAAAAUGAGCCGAACGCAAUUUUGGACAACAUAAAUAGAACAGGCCUACCGGGAAUCGAAGCUACGUUGCCCAAUUCUUACUGUAAUUCGAUGAUUCAGGUCCUGUACAACAUGCCGCCUCUGAAGUCGACCCUGAUAGCUCACACGUGUGCGAAGGAGUUUUGUCUCACUUGCGAAUUAGGUUUCCUAUUCAGGAUGCUUGACACCUCUGGAGGGGCGCCGUGUCAGGCGACUAACUUCUUAAGGGCGUUUCGUACCGUGCCUGAAGCUGCCGCGCUCGGACUGAUAUUGCCCGAUCAGGGCAUUGAUAGAAAGAUUGAUCUCGUUGCCCUUAUUCAGAGCUGGAAUAGAUUUAUUCUUCACCAAAUCCAUUAUGAGCUUUUGGAGACUCGCAAAAAGGAGAAAGAGCUGGCGCUCCUCUCAGAAAAUACCCCACAUAAGGCAGUCCGAUUAAAAAACCACUUAAAAAACCAAUAA